CGCGGAGAAGAAGAGGCAGAAGCGGAAGAGACGUGGCACAUAAACAGAUAGAGGAAGGAGUCAGUUCCUGAAGCAGCUUCACCUACAAACUGACAAGACAGCUCCAAUGACAUCCUACAACAUUACAUAAAACGAGCGGAAGAAUCUCGGUUCAUGUCUGUGUGACGAGUCAGCACAUGUGACUAUGGGUCUGUGCAAGUGUCCAAAGAGGAAAGUGACCAAUCUCUUCUGCUUUGAACAUCGUGUGAAUGUGUGCGAACAUUGUCUUGUUUCUAACCACAACAAGUGCAUCGUGCAGUCUUACCUGCAGUGGCUCCAGGACAGCGACUACAACCCCAGCUGUGCUCUGUGCAAUAAUCCAUUAGCUGAACAGGAGACCGUCAGACUGGUGUGUUAUGAUGUCUUUCAUUGGGCGUGUUUUAAUAGUCUGGCGUCGCGGCUGCCCCUCCACACCGCUCCAGCAGGAUACCAGUGCCCCACCUGUCAGGGUCCAGUGUUCCCCCCCACUAACAUGGCCAGCCCUGUAGCUGAUGUUCUGAAAGACAAGCUGUCAUCUGUCAACUGGGCCCGAGCUGGGUUAGGGCUGCCACUGAUUGAAGACCCCAUUGGAAACACUGAAGAUUCAUCUCACGACGUCACUGAUUACACAGACUGGUCCACGUUUGAUGCUCAAGAGCAGAGUAACGCGUACGCCUCUUACAGCACCCCCCUCAUUCCACCGCCCGCCUCUGCUCCAGCGCAGGACGACCUCGCCAGUCUUCAGAAGAACGGAGAUCCCAGCGCGCAGGGACACGCGGUGGUCAACUUUUCCACUGCCAACACCUGUGACUCAGUUACUAUAAACACAGCAUCUUCACCAAGAAAAAUCUACGACACGCGGGACGUAGCUCACAGCUCUGUCACGCAGAUCGACUUCGACGAUGACAAGUACAGGAGGAGACCGGCGCUGAGCUGGUUCGCACGCAUUUUAAAGAACCGCUCUGGUGGAAAGCGGACGUCUCUGUCCUGGAAGCAGCGGGUCUUCAUGCUCCUGCUGGUCGGCGUUUUGGGAUUCUUUACGUUGAUAAUCAUCAUGGCUAAACUGGGACGUGCCUCGGCCAGCUCGGACCCAAACCUGGACCCCCUCCUUAACCCCAACAUCCGCGUGGGGAAAAAUUGAUGCCAGGCGGCGAUCCGCUCUUUUAUUCUGUGUUACACUACAAGCGCCUCCGUGCAGUGAGAGGGAAAAGACCCUGCAGUACAACGUCAGCCCAGAAGAGGGAGCCAUUUACCCAACUUUAAAAGGGUGGCUCUUUUUAUUUUCAUCCGGCUGUUGGAGUGUCCGAGCUCUUCACUAGCUGGGAAAAAAAACAAACCUUUUUUUUGAGGUCCAAAUGAAGCAAAAUAAACUCUGGAGGGGUGACCAAGUGCAGAAAAAUAAAUCACUCUUCAUGUUGGUUUGCUUUGUUUUUGGGGGGCAGUAUAACAGUUUUCACUGAUCUUUUAAGUUAAUUUUUUGUCGUUAUUGAAAGAAGAUUUGAUGAGUUGAGAGUGACCCUAACACAGGAAUAAUCCAUUGAUGUUUUGGGGGUGUGCCUCCAACACAAACACACACUCCACCACUGUGAGUGUUGGCAUGAACCCUGAAAACUGAACGCUUUGCUUUUAGACUCGUCAUCCAUACUGUAUCCACAUGUUCCUGCUGUUUUGGAUUAAAUGGGAAUAUUACAGAAAUGAA